GGGAUUUGUGGCUGUAGUGUAGUGCGUGUGGCAGGCUUGGAAGGAGGUCAGGGGAGCCAAUUCAGGGGUGUCGGCAGGUUGGAAGUGGGCAAGAUAGAUGGAUGAUUUGGCAGCCCCCGAUUAUUGUCUCCGAAGGACCUAUCCCCGUGUACUGCAUUGGACAGCACGUAGGCGAGAUUCUGAUGGUCCCCUUUUGGGAAGUGUAUCCGUACCUCCAGAUGUAUGUAUGGAGGUCCGUGCCGAGUAUCUCGGGUCUGUGACCUGUCCGUGUAUGAAGCCAAUCAAAACCGCACGUCCGAACCGAAUCUGGGGUUUCGUGCUGCAACAUGACCUGUACGUAUGGAGGAGUGGAUCGUCUUGAUUUCCGGC